AUGGGCUUCGACAUCGCCCCAGCCCUCAUCAUAUUCCUCGUUAUCCUCGGAGCAGGCGCGCUCGUCUGCUGCGGUUUCGCUGUCUACCGGUUCUACGGCGGAGAGCCUGAAGAUGACUCAAGGCGUUUCCACAGAAGCCCAGAGCAAGACUCCUAUAUGAGAGAAGUGCGGGAACGAAGUUGGCGCAAGCUACCUCAGCUGGGUAUGCCAAAGCCCUACUAUCAGUCCAACCUGGGUCACGCACCGAUGAGUCCAAGCCUCGUCGAGGUGGAUGCCGAAAAAGACUGCAACACAUGCGGCGUGAGAGGGCGCGAGGCCCUACAACAGGAUAAACAGCGACGCGACACUACGAAACGACCGAGAGGCACUACUUUUGCAAUUGUAUUGGAUUAG